AUAAGGUAUCUUUGACAAUGACACAACAACAAUGUAAAUAAGUUCAAAGUAAUAUAUGCAAUACCUUUGUAAAAAUUUAAUAAUAUCGUUGCCAACAUGCUGAGCUAUCGUCAGAGCAAAGCCGACACCGCUUGCAAUCUAGAAUGCCUCCAGGACAAGCCACCCGUCCACGAGUUUGUGGGUCCAGUGAAGAUCGUGCUGAUGGAUAUACCAACUCGGGUGUACCUGAAGAAGAUGUGUCUCGCUGCGUUCAUAGGGAUGGCGAAGCUCAUGUUGGGAGCGACACUCAUGACAGUCCUGUACUUCAUGUUGUCUCUGAAGACGACACUAAUGGGUUCGCUGCACAUAAUAUUGUGUACGUUUGGGUACCAGCUGUUCAUGCCGUCGGGCAUUCUGAUGAUGAGCAACCUGCAUGGGCCGUCGGCGCAGAUGAAGUCGAAGGACCGCCGGAAGCACCACAUGAUCAUACAGAUCAUCGGGCUUAUGUGCGCCCUCGGCGGGUCGGCGCUGGCUUUCAUGCCUGAUGGUUUCAAAAGUAUACGACUGAUCCUUACACCUCAUUCAAUAGCUGAAGACAGAGUUGAAAUUAUUUUCAGUGAUAUGAAAUCAGCGUUCAACACGAAAGACAAGGAACAUUCUAAGGGUAAUUUGAAAUUCGCUGGUCCACUGAAGAUAUUGGUUAUUGAGGCCAAAGGCGAUUACUGUAAGACAGUAUGGUGUGCUAUCGGUCUUGGCUUUGCCAAUGCGAUGAUUGGUGCGGUCAACAUGGCUGCAUUACUCUAUUCAGUGGAGGUUGGAGAUGUUCAUCCUGCAAUAUGUACAGCUGCUUAUCACUUCUUCUCGAUCCAAGCAAUCCUGAGCCUCAAUUACGCCAACGGGUGGUCUACCCCGAUGCGGCUGCGGCACCGCAGGCUCGUCCACGUGUUGCUGCAGAUCUGCGGUAUGGCGAUCGCCAUUGGCCAGACCGUAGUCAUACUCCUCUCUGCGCCACCGCGCUCCGCUCACAGUAUUACAGUUCCAGCUGAUGAUGGCGGAGUCGAUCCUGGCGCUGGCGCCCGACAGCUGGCUUUCCUCGCUUAAGCUGCGUCACAAGCGGCUUGUACACUGGGUAAUGCAGGUGCUGGGCUCAGUGCUAGGCAUCGUCGGCUGUAUCAUAAAAUGCCUGGACAAAGAGGUCAACUGGAACACUUUGCAUGGACAGUUCGCGCUGGUGGCCAUGGUGUUUUCUGUAGCGUCUCUGGCGAACGGCGUUACGUCUUUGUACGCAUACGAGUUACGGAAAGUCAUCCCCGGCACUUUGUCCAAACUGACGCACAUCUGCUUCGGCAUCGUCGCCUUUGCAGCUGCCUCCAUCAGCCUCUGCUACGGGUUCGACAAGGGUGGCUUCAGGCGCUGGUCUACCUCUAGUGUCGCCGAUGCUCUCAUCAUCAUGACCGCAAUCUUCACAUUCUUCAUAAUCAUUAACCCGUUCAUCACUUUCUACAAUAAAUCUAAAGCGGCUGUCUCGAAAUAAUUGUGUAAAUAUGGUGCGGGCACUGCAAGUGCUGCUCACUUACCUUCUUAAUAGGGGUGAUGACGGGGUACAGUAAACGAAAUUCUAUUUAAUCCGUCAGUUAGAUGAUCAAAAAAUAAUGGACACGUAUUUUUUCUUUGGGCAAUCAACCAAAAAAUGACAAAGUUAUAGCGCAUCAAAGUUUGGGAGUAGGGGC